AUGCACGGAGGAGGAAUGGUGGGAGCGGGUGCGGGUGCUGGAGCGGGAGGGAGUAGAGGCGGAGGCGGCGAUAAGGGGAAAGGGGGCGGGAGGUCUGGGAACGGGAGCGGGGCUAGGGGAGCGAUGGCGCCGUUGAGGGUGCCCUCGUCGACGGAGCGGGAGAACAACCGGCGCCGGGAGCGCCGCCGCCGGCUGGUGACGUCGAGGAUCUUCUCCGGGCUGCGCGCCCACGGCAACUACAUCCUCCCCAGGCAGUGCGACAACAACGAGGUGCUCAGGGCGCUCUGCGACGAGGCCGGCUGGGUCGUCGAGCCCGACGGCACCACCUACCGCAGGGGAUGCAGGCCUCCGCCGCCUCAUAUGCAUGGUGGCUUUGGCGGGUCUGCUCCGGUGAGCCCCGGCUCGUCCUACCCCGUCACCCCGACAGCCCCCUACGGCCUGGGCUCGGGGUCCUCCCACCUCACGCUCGGCCGCGGGGGCGGCCUCUUCUACGGCGCCGCCGCCAGGGGCGCGGCCGGCAGCAACGGCCUGGCCGACUGGUUCAGGAGGCUGCCCGGCGCGCCGGACACUGGCGCGAGCUCGUCCAGCGCGCCGGUGACGCCGCAGAACGGCUCCCCGCCGCAGACCAUGUUCGAGCGCUGGGCCGCGGAAAACAACAACGCCGCCGCCGGCGCCUUCAGCCUACAGCCGCGCGGGGCCGCCGGCCUCAGCCGCUACGGCGCUUUCCCGCAGCAGCCCAUCACCAUGCCGCCGAGCCCCGUCGGCGGCGGGGCCCCGGUCGACCCGGUGAGGCUGCUGGCCGGGAUCCAGAUAUCCACCGCCGCCGCAGCCGCCGCCAACAACAACAGGGUGCGGGCCUACAGCCCCCUCGGGACGCCGCCGGCACUCCCGUCUUUGUUCGGCCCCGGGGCACCCUCCUUCAUGCUGCGGGCACCGGGGCCGGGGGAGUCAGUGACCGAGGACUACGCCGACGACGAGGACGCCCUGGAGCUGACCCUGGGGAACUCGAAGACCCGCGCCGACCGCGCCUGA